AUGGAUAUUGAUUCGAAGAUCAAGGCAUACCGAUUCGUCGGAUAUGCUGCCGUCUGCUUUUCGGCUGUUGCUGUGCUUUCGGUGAGGAUUUUGUGGACUUUUUUGAACUCUAGGUAUUUUGCCGUUUGUUCUUACUUGGGUUCUUAGACCCAAGUAGAUCUUAUGAGAAGAACCUGGGCUCGGGCUUGGGCUUUUUAUCUAGUAUCUUGGGCUCAAAGACUUCUUCAUCCGGUAGCUUAGGCGUGGAGGCUUCUUUAUCCAGUAGCUUAGGUUUAAAGGCUUCUUCAUCCAUGACUACAUCAUAAGCUUAGGAAAGUCCUUACGCUUAGGCAAGGCCUUAGGCGUAUCCAAGACAUAAGACUUCUCUUAUUCAUGACUAGAUCAUGCAAGACCUCAGGCAUACCCAAAACCUCAGGCUAGACUAGUCAAGAGUUAAGGCCUAAUUAAAUCCCUAGGCUUGGACUAAGCCUAGUCAACCUCAAUCAGGCUUAUCCAAUAUCUUAGGCCUAAUUGAGCUAGAUAAUUGUUCAGGCUUAAGGUUGGGCCUUAUCAGAUUCAUUUUGGCUAAGCCUAUCCCAAUUCAAUUUCCCAACUCCAAAAUGUUCUAGGUAUGUGUAACCCUCCCAAUGGUUUACAACUACGUGCAACACGUCCGCACUCAAAUGCACCAAGAGUUGCACCAAUGCAAAGGAAGUGCCAAGGAUGUGUGGAACUCGGUCUACUCGAUCAAGGAACUCCCACUUUCCGCUAACCGUACCGCUCGUGCCGCCGGCGGAAACUACAAUGAGCAAUGCGCCGGUUGUUGCUUGCCAGGUCCACAAGGACCACAGGGAACACCAGGAAAGCCCGGAAAGCCAGGAAAGCCUGGAGCACCAGGACAACCAGGAACUCCGGGUCGUCCACCACAAACCCCUUGCGAACCAAUCACUCCACCACCUUGCCAACCUUGCCCACAAGGACCACCUGGCCCACCAGGACCACCAGGAAUUCCAGGAGAUAAUGGAGCACCAGGAGAGCCAGGACCAAAGGGACCAGAUGCUGCGCCAGGAGAGCCAGGACCAAAGGGACCACCAGGACCACCAGGACCACCAGGACAAGCCGGAGCACCAGGAGAGCCAGGAGCACCAGCCAAGAGCGAGCCACUUGUUCCAGGACCACCAGGACCACCGGGAACCCCAGGACAACAAGGACCACCAGGACCACCGGGAAGCAACGGAAUCGAUGGAGCACCAGGAGCACCAGGAGCUCGUGGAGAACCAGGAACUCCAGGAGAGCCAGGAAAAGAUGGACAACCAGGAAAACCUGGAAAUGCCGGAGCCGACGGAACUCCAGGAGAGAAGGGAAUCUGUCCAAAAUACUGUGCUUUGGACGGAGGAAUCUUCUUCGAAGAUGGAACACGGCGUUAA